GCUCCUUUUUAUUUUAUUUUCCUGAAAGGAGAGUAAGGACGCUAAUGAAAAGUAUUCCUCUCCUGCUCGACUCGUUCUCUGUCAAUUGCAACAGAAAUCCAGCCCGAAGAAUUGCAGGCAUCUCUGGCCAAGGCUGGGAUCAACAUGUCUGAAGCCGAACUGCAGCGGUUUAUCAAGGCCAUGGACAAAGAUGGUGAUGGAAUGAUUGACUAUGAGGAGUGGCGCGACUUUUUGGUAUUACUCCCACGCGAAACAACACUCAAAGAUAUCUAUCACUAUGUCCAGGAAGUCGUGGCACAGGUCGGAGUCGAUGGAGAUGUUGUGAUGCCUCCGUCCGAGAACGACUAUGUCGCCAGAUAUCUGUUGGCUGGAGCCAUCGCUGGUGCAGUCUCAAGGACAGCUACGGCUCCGCUGGAUCGACUCAAAGUAUACCUCAUCACCAACUCUGUGCCAGCAUUGACAGGACCGGCAGCUCAGGCGGGUCUCAAGUAUAUACCCAAAUUCUCCAGUCCGAAUGCCUCUGCGGUUGCACCGGUUAAGCAGCGACUGCUCUGGAACGCCCUCAUAGAACUGUACCAUCAAGGAGGGAUCAAGACCUUCUUUCGGGGCAAUGGACUCAAUAUUAUCAAGAUUGCACCCGAGUCAGCGAUCAAGUUCUAUACGUACGAGACCAGUAAGGCGUUUAUUGUCAACCAUUUGCCGUCGCUGACAGUGCAGCCACAUCAUCAUCAGAUUCAUUCGGAUGGGUCAGUGACUACGACGACAGCAGGCUCAGGAUCGAACAAUGGAGGCGCGAAGCCGCAUCAUCCUCCAGAUAUUGCGACCUCGGGACGGUUCUUGGCAGGAGGCAUUGCGGGAGUGGUGUCGCAGUUCUCGAUCUACCCGCUUGAAACGAUCAAGACGAGAAUUAUGUCUUCCACAGGCAGGUCCAAAAGAGGUCAGAGAGCGUCGUCAGCAGGGCCAGGAAUAACAGCGGCAUCUUCAGCAACUUUACCUUCAGGAUCUGCACCUUCAUUACCUACCGCAGCAUCAACGAAGACACUAGCAGAAGCAACAACAGCGAGGAAGCCGUGUAUACGCUCUGUGGCGCGAGAGAUGUGGCAAAAGGCAGGGCUACGUGGGUUCUAUCGCGGGCUGGGACCGUCGCUCGUGGGCAUCUUCCCAUAUGCGGCGAUUGAUUUGUCCGUGUUUGAGACACUCAAGUUCGGAUACAUGCGGUGGAAGGCCGGAGUGCACGAGGGAGACGAGGGCAGUGAGGAAAAAUCGUUGGAGAGACCGAGCGUGUUUGUGUUGUUGGCGUGCGGGACCGUCAGUGGGAGUGUGGGUGCGACGAGCGUUUAUCCACUGAGUCUUGUUCGUACGAGGUUGCAGGCCCAAGGAACACCUCAUCAUCCGCAGACGUAUACUUCUACGCUCGAUGUGUUCAGAAAAACAUACGAGCAGGAAGGUCUUCGUGGAUUCUACAAGGGCAUGGUCCCCACACUCACCAAGGUCGUACCAGCUGUCAGUAUCUCGUAUGUCGUGUACGAGUAUAGUAAGCGGGAACUCGGUCUCUAACUGACAGAGAAAAACACCGCCGAUGCUGUGCUCUCCUUCCUUCCUUCCUUCCUUCCUUUGCUUCGCUCCGCCCCCGCUCCACUCCGCUUUGCUCAGGGGUGUAAUUUUUCACCUCUGUUUUUCGACGACAUUCAGCAUAGUUGCAUUCCGACUGCACCUUAUUUAUUAUAUUCGUCUCCCCAUUCUUCAUCUUAUUUUCUUUCCUGUUAAGCACAUA